AUGGCGAUUGCCGUUCUUGUUGUCUUCUCUCUUCACCUUCUUUCAAUAAUUGCCCUUCAGCAUAGCCGGCCCCCUCUUCUGUUAAUCAGCUUGGAUGGAUUCCGCCACGACUACAUCGAACUGGCCAAGGCUCAUCUCGGCCAUGACAGCCUACCUAAUUUCGAUUAUUUAAUUAAGACGGGCGUUAGAGCAAAGAACUCAUUGAAUGUCUACCCAACGAGCACGAUGCCAAACCACCAGACUCUGGUAACUGGCCUCUAUUCCGAAUCACAUGGUGUGGUUGGAAAUGUUGUUCGAGACACCGAGCUUCCGCAUGAUCUGGACAUGGAUAGCCAAACCAGCCUGAACAACGAUCUCUGGCUUGAAAAUUGGCCGGAGCCGCUUUGGGUUACACUCCAGAAUUCUGGUGGAAGGGCAGGAUCAGUUCUAUGGCCCCUGACCGAUAAACAGGUGAAUCUUUCAUAUUAA